AUGGAAUCUCUACCUGGUGAACUCCUCUCGACCAUCUUCAAAUGUUGUGAGAUUCCAGAACUCCUGAACCUUCGCCAAUCAUGUAAAGCGUUCCAUGGUCCAGCCACUCGCGAGCUCUUCUCCAGUCUCCACGUGAUACGACAAUCCGACAUCGAGACUUACGACGACUUGUAUUCCAUCUUAUCAUCAUCACACAUCUCACCGGAGGUUACAUAUAUCAAGAUCACGACCUCUCCUGAUCCCUACAAGGAAAAAGACGACUACGACAACAGUGAAGAAGAAUCUGAGUUCACAGAAAACUUUGAAGCAGUUAUUCAGUCCAUCAGCAAGUUUCCCAAUGUCCAAGAUGUGGCUAUUGAGUUUGCACAAGUCUGCAUGCUGGAUGAUGACCCGGAAAAUGUUUGGAGAAUGAUGGCUGAAGAAUCUGUCGAGUUCAGGGAAGACGUAUUACGAACCCUAUUCGAAACCUUGGACAAGAUCUCCAAACUGCGAUCACUGUCCAUCAAACAUCUCCAGAACUAUAACGAUGAAAGAAUACUCUCGCUACCGGCAUUUGCUUCUGUCCUGUCCCGUAUUUCAGAUCUUAAACUCAAGAUCGUCACCGAAAGCGACUUCCCUAGUCCUCAAUCUGGCUGGAACAUCCGUCAACUCUACUCAUUCUUCGAAGAGCUUCCAGACACAUGGCUCAAGCACACACAGGACAAUUUGUCGAGUCUGACACUGGAUGUAGAUAUUGAAUGGGGAUACAUGCCAGUUUGCAAUUUCCGAUCAUUGUUUUUCCCAAGGUUGAAGAAGCUCAAGCUCGCCAACUAUGUUUUCACACAUGACUGGCAGCUCGACUGGAUCUUAUCCCACGAAACACUGGAAGAGCUGGUAUUGACCGACUGUGCUAUCGUCAAUUACAUGCACGUCUAUGAGCCACUUGAUGCAGAAAACUGUCCACUGGAACCAACGAACGAUUUUGGAGAUGUACGUGGUUGGGAAUAUCCUCGCCGCUGGUCAGAAAUGUUUACGAAAAUCGAGGGCAUGCCCAAUUUAAGGGUAUUCAAGUUUGGAUCCGGCAAUAGAGAUGAGGGAUGCGACUUUGAUACUGGAGAAUUGACCGAAACGGGACUUCAUUAUAUGAAAUACAAAGGCUUUCAUCGUAGAUAUAGGCCAUCGCCUUGGAUACCUAUCGGGGAGACGACUGACGUUAUAGAAAACGGAGACAUAGCCGAUACAAGAUCUGAAGGCGAAAAUACGGAUCGGAUGAUCGAAUCUUUGGAUAAAGACACACUCGCUUAUGAGAAGUUGAUGAAGACUGUCAUGGGUAGAGCUUGA